AUGUUCAUGAGAUAUCUCGGAGGUGGUGUGGGGCACAAGGGUAUGGUUGUGCGAAUGCCUGCAGAAUCUGACCACGCUGGGAUACCACAGGAUGGAGAUGGCAGUUCAGAUGAGGAUAUAGUAGAUGAGGGGCAGCAUGAUGAAGACAGCGGCAUGACAUUCAAUGACGGUGAGCAAAGUCAGAACAUGGAGGACGAGGAAUAUGAUUACGGCUAUGUUGUCGAUGAGGAGAAUGAAGCCGACGAUGGAGUAGCGGAAGGGGACGAUGGCGGCCGAGAUGAUAUGUCGAGUGAAGAAGACGAGGAUGCAGGUGUUCCUUUUGCAACUUUGUAG